UAAACUUUUCUUCGUACGGCGAUGGGGCUUUGUGGAGAGAACUAACGGAGGACAGAGAGUUCGCGUAUGGUGAGUGUUAUGUCGGAAAAGCCGAACCACCCGAGUAACCCGAGAGCCCGGUGCCCGGAGCCGCCACACAGGGCUAGUAAAACCGACACGAGCACCAUUCGGUACCGUUCAUUCGCGUUCCAUCCCUUGACGAGGCUAGUAGGGUGUUAAAACGGUCCGAUAAGCGCGCGUCAUGGCCAAAGCGGCCUCCCAGGGUGGUCAUACUUACCCCCUACUGUGCAGCACCAGCAAAGGCAGUAGAACCAGUAACAGCAGCAGCAGCAGCAGCAGCACCAUCGUACUAUUAUUAGUUCACUAAGGUGCCACUGAAAAGGAAGAAGGAAACAAAAAAACAUCAACACACCCGUGACGCUCUGCGAGGAGUUGCCGAUACUUUUACUUCUCACGACGCCAGAACUACUCCCGCGAUUCAGCCGUAUCGGAACAGGAUACCUUACUAAUACGGGAGCCCGCAAAACAAAUCUGGGAACCAAGAACAAGUGUUGUUGUUGAUUAUUAUUAUCGUUGUUGUUGUUACACAUCCUGCAGGAUUUCAGCCGCAACUGACGCGAAAAGGGUGCCGUGCGUGUGAACUAGUGUAAAAAACGAAUCCUCUCGGUCUCGGUGUCUUUCGAUUCCUUUUUAGCAAAUAGCUUCUGAAAUGUUGACGGUGUCUAGGACGAGCGAAGCGCACUAAAGGCUUUCGAGGAAGGCACUUCAACUCUGUUUAUCGUUCCGGGCGCAAUUCGGGAGUUCCACCGUGCAGCAGCAGUGUGAAGAAAAAAAAACCGUAAAGCAAAAGCUGCAUUCGUUGCGAUUGUGCUAGAUAUUCAUGUGCGGGAUAUCGAUUUACUGCUAGAACCGAAGGAUACACGGGUGAUAAUCUGUAAUUAUCUCCCAACUGUUUGUUCGGAACCGACGGUGACGGUGCGUACCUUCACUGGUCGAUGCGACAAGCAAUUUUGUGUUUUGCGUAUGUGUGUGUGUGCGUGCGUAUGACUGAGCGGAGUGUCCUGUGUGCACAAGGUGUACAUUUGAUCCGUGUCUGCCCGUGUUUGAUGGCGUGUGUGUGUGCGUAUGGUGCGUGUACUGAGUCCGGUUUGUCAGUGCAAGUGGACGUGCAAUGAAUGCCAACGGUUUGGUGCAUCCGGUACGACACCACACUGUAAAAAUCGCCCCGGAAACCGUGUCCAGUAAAUUGGCAAUAAAGGGAGCACCCGAAAUACUGGCCAGCGUGUGCGUUGCAGUGUGCGAAACAUAGCGUGAAAUUAGCCCUUGCCCUUGCCACCCUCGCAAUUUUGUCAGUAAAGACAGUAGAAAGUGAAUAUCCCCUGUCUGAUCACUCCCGUUUCCUGGUUUCGGUUCGUCAUUCCGUGGUCCGGUUUCGUUAUGUGCGUACAGCUCACCCGUGGGUUGUUAGUGUGGCGUGCAAGCUGCCACAGCGAUCGUGCGUGAAAGUGGCCCAUUAGGUGAGACUUCGCGCUAAUAGGCAUCUAUUUCUGGCUAACAGCAGCAGGGAAGGAGAGUGAAAAAAGCAAGAAAGUUAUUAGUCGCUUCGCGUUUGCCGAAAGUCUAAGCUGACUGACCGUCUUGAUAGGGACGUUCGGAGAUCCUGUAGGAAUGCAUACGGUGCGAUACUAGAACGCGUAGUUCAUCCUAUUCCUUGUAGUGUGGUAGCAAGUUCCUAUUCUGAAGCUACAUUCCAAAACAUCCGACAUUUUGCUUCCACACCCGUAACCGUACCGUACAGGCGCAGUAACGCAGCGGUACAAGAUAGGAUUCGACUUUAGUUACUUUCGACCUCCGAAGCUACACUACUUGAUCCCGUCCCGACGUCAUUAGUCUUUCCGAGAGCAAAGCGAACGUGAAGGUGUAACAUUUCCUGGAACCAUUUCGUGACUGGGACUUACAACGAGAACGAAAAGUAAGCAAAACGGAAAGCAACCGAAGCAUUCGUCCGCGUGUGUGUGUGUGUUCUUGCUCGGUGGUGGAAGGACCUGUUGAAUAUCAAACUGCGGUAGGUUAACCGUUACGGACGUUCGUGUCAGCAGUCAUCAGGAUCAGCCCGCGCCGCAACCGGCACAAGCAUCGAGAACAAAAAGAAAAGAACAAAAGGUCCCAAAGGUCCCCAGGUAUCCGCGUCCGGGAAGAGCCGACCCGCGCGGGAAUACCUCAUCCAUCUUACCGCGUCGCACGUGCACAUCACCCAUUCGGUGUCCGUGCCCGUGAACACUGCCGAAAACCCGGGCUCCUGUUUUUGUGUGAGUGUGGGUGUGUGUGUGCGCGCGCGUGAGAGUGUGUGUGUGUGUGGUAGCAGUGAAAAAUGAUCCGACCGAUUCUACCGAUACUGGCGUACAUGAGCGUGCUCUCGAGUACGUACUCGCUGCACAUGGCACGCGAUGCUUACAUCAAGCCACCGCCGCCACCACCACCCGCCCAGUUGCUCGACGAUCUGGACGAUAUGUCCGAGCUGCUGGCAGAAAACGGUGUCGACCUGAUGCGGCCAAUGAUGGGCACCGUUCACCAGAAGACACACAGUGGCACUAAUGGUGGCGGUGGUGGUGGUUCAGUUGGUGGUAGCGGCAGCAUCAUCAGCAGUAACAAUGGCGCCGUAUCGUUAGGUACCCUGAACCAUGUGGCGAGCAAUGAGCUGCCCGAGCUUAGCCCGCCACCAGCGCAUCUGCCGUCGGGGUUACGCCACGGUCCGAUAGGGCCACUUGUUGGGCAGCCACCGCGCGGUCUGCAGGAACUGUUCGGUGUGCAGACUAACUUCGAUAUUCGUGCAGCGCAGCAGCAACUGUCCCACGGUCCGAAUGGUGCGACAUCCACCUUCGACGUCAACCAGUCCUCCUCCAGCGGCAUAGACGAUCGGGAUGAAGAUAUCGGUGAAGGUGGUGUUGGAGACGGGAGAGGUAACGGUGGUGGUGACGACCUCAACGGAGCUGCCGCUGCUGGUGGCGCUGCUGGUGGACAGGGCAAUGUGAAUCUGCAGCGGUCGGCGUCGAGCAACAAGCGAGCGUCACCGACCGGUGGUCGCAAUAAGAUGAUGGCCGACUCCGCCCAAGAUGUCGGCGGAAGCAGUAGCGGUCUGCCAUCGAUUCCGCACGGCAUCGCAAACCAAAUGAUGCUGCGCAGUACACGCGGUCAGCGACAGUACGAUGUGCCGCAAAUUGAGUGUCCACCCGCGAUGGAUGGCAUGGAGCGUUUUGCCUGUCCUACACCAGAUCGGCAAGGCCGGUACCGAUGUAUAGACGAUCACGUGCUAUGCGACGGUUUCAUCGACUGCCCCGAAGGCGAGGACGAGGACAGGCAGGCUUGUAUGUUCUACAAAACGACAAAAGCACAUCUCGACGUAUUAGCGGACGCCUUAUUGAGAUGGGCCCGAGGCCGUUAAGUUGUACAUUACAAACAGCUCCCGACAGCAUCACUGUAAUACUGAUAGAUGGAAGAAAUAGAAAACUGUAGAAAAGUGUUGGAAAAGGGAAACAGACAAACUGAGACUAAUACAUAAAGGGAAAUAGAGAAAGAUAAAAAGAGAGAGAGAAAUAAAGUUUCAGGGUCAGAAAAAGCCAUAAAAAGACAUAUGGAGCAAGAAGUCAAAGAGAAAGAAAGGAAUGAUGAACGAAAUCAAGUAAAUCGUUUAGAAACACGAACAAGGCGAACGUUAUUUUACAUUGUGAAAAUCAGAGAAAUCAUCGAAAAAAAGCACUAAACAACCACAUUGCCCGGCACAAGCAAGUCCAACAAUGAAUCUUAACAACAACUAGAAGUGAAUGAAGAGAAAGCUGUACUUCACAUCAUAACAAAACAAAAACACAGUAAUGCGUUAAGGGAGAAAGUAAAGACGAUGUAAAAAUAGACUUGAAGAAUUCUGUACAUAUGGUUAAGAGAAGCACACUGGGACGGAUACUGAAGAAAAACAAAAGUAAAAGUAACUCCUUAUGCAAUGCUGUGUUCACUUCAUUCACUUUACUGGAAGCAAACUGCUACAGGCUGAGCAUAACAACUGCAUACCGAAAAGAACAAAACAAACAAACAAUUAAAAAACAAUGUCAAAACUCAAAAAGCAGAUGAUCUUACUAUAUAUAUAUAUACAUAUACAUAGAUCCAUAUACAAACAUAUAUUUACCGACUAAGAACUAGGCACGUAAGCAGCAACACGAAGAAGAAACAACAGCAACAAGGAAAUUCCGUACUUCAUGUGAUGAGUGUGGAGUAGUGAAGGGAUGAUUGUGCAUCGAUGGUAAGCGAAUCAAAUUCGAAGUGGAUGGCUGUUGAUCAUGUACAAGCGUCACGAUGUAAACGGACAAGCGAGUGGGACGAGUGUACAUUGCAGUGGAUUGUUAUACGAGUGUCUGAGGAUGUGUGAAUGUGUUACGGCAGUAAGUAAAACAUGAUACGAAAGCCAAUUCCGUUAGAUAAACCGUCAGGAUUUAAAACACAGAUAGAGCGUUGAAUGAAGAAACCAAAAACAAAAGCAAACAACUGCAAAGGAACUGUAACAAUUCAUGUUGUGCAUGUUAAAAAACGAAAACCUACACAUACUCACAUAAAACAGACACACACACAGCCAUACACAACCGAUCGUAACAUGUAGUUAAGUAAGUGUAUGACAUAAAUGUACAUUUUUUCUUCUAAAUUGUAAAAAAAAAAUCAAAACAAACUGUAAACAGCCCGUUUUCAAUCACAAGCAUAAAGUUCAACAGCCCGCGUUUAUCCUCUGUUUGGUUCUGGGGUAUCACUUCAAUUUCUUACGUCAAAUCAGUAGUUUUACGUGAAACUAUUUUGGUUUUUUUUGUUUUAAUUUCAAAAAAUCCAAAAUUCAAGUUUAUUUAAAGAAACGAAGAUGAUGCAAUGGGUCAAUAUAGUUAGCACCAGUUAUUUAAACUAGUCAACCACCAACCAAUCUGGUAGCAACCAAAUGCGUUUUCAUUGAUGCAAAUGAGAACAUGUCACCAGAAACGUUUCCUUACCAUCUCACUUCUUAAAAAAAAAGGGAAUGCACAUGUCCAUCCGACCGUUCCCGUUUAGAAGCAUACACACAUCACAGCACAUUACUUACACAUGUACACAUUGAGGAGGAAAACAAACUAUUCUCAUGGACAAGGCAGCUAUAUUGUAUAGAUAAGUCAGCAGUUUAAGAAGCAGAUACAAACUCUUUAGAUCCUUAAAUGCUAAUAUCGAAGCGUAAUGGACUAUGCAAAAGGUGCAGCUACCAGCCCCGAAGAAGGAGCCAUAGUAGAACUAUUAUUACGACAACAAGUCGCUCGGCUGUCAAGGCAAACGAAAGGACUAGUGGAUGAUUUAAUCACCGAAGCCAUAUGAAACCUAGCCCUCCGGGGGGUGAUGGGUGGGCGCGCAAAGUGAACCAAAAUAACUAAACAAAACCAAAAAAAAAAACAAAAUGACUGAUGAUAUCAAUAUCUCUAAACGACCAUCCACGCGACAGUCAAUGGUGCGGCAGUGCAACCAAUUCUGUAUGCCUAGCGUGAUGUAAAGUGAAGAAGGAAAUAGAGAUAGGGUGGGAUAAAGAGAGAAAGCGGUAGAGACAGAAAAUAAGUUGGAAAAAUAUUUGUGAAUCGUUUUUUUAAAUUUUAUAAACAUUUUUUUACAUUCUUCAAUAGGGUUUCUGUCAAUUUUUUUAUUAUUUAUUUUAAAUUUGAAUUUUCGAAUCAUUUAAGCAACAAGUAACCGACUUUUAUAAGAUGAUUGAAAAAUUAUUUCACUUUUACAUGUGAGAAAAAUUGAUUUUUGAAAACCUUUUUUUUCCUCAUUUUAACCUGGUUGUGGAUUUAUCAGUUCGAGAGCCGUUCCAGGGCGUUCCGUAGCAGGCAGUGCAAUUGAUUAGAUUAAGCAAAUGGUCGAAUGUGUGUAAAUCAGCGAGUAGCAUUCUACUUACAAUUAAGGUUAGGAGUUCAUAACAGUAUAUCUGAACGUACUGGUACAUCAGCAACUCACCGGCAUAAAGGCCAUCGCCACAUGCCGCGAGCGUGAGCAUGUGUUCAACGCUUGUGAUGUCAUUAAGUUCUGGAGCACCGCGUGCGCAUUAUUUCUCAGUUUCCAAGUACACCCCGCAUGUACAUGAGCGUCAAUAUACCAAAAAGUUUAUUAAUUCCGCCACCAAAAGAUCUGUGUCAAGCUUUGGAAGUUUGUCCACUCCCGUGAAGAUAGCGUGGCGUUAGAAACGAUAACAUUUUACCUUUCAAGUUACGCCUAAGCACGUACCACACACACAUACACGCCACAGAACGUACAGACAGCAGCAGAACAUUCCCUCAUAUGUACACAGUCGCGCUCUUAUUUUUUCGAAAAAACAAACAAACCACUUUGCAAAAUCACGCUCAUCAAAAGCAUUACUUAUAAAUGUCUAUUUGCACAAUAAUAUCUACAAACAACAAAUAUUAAACAGUAAAUAUUGACGAGAAGAAAAACCCCCUGAAUACACACCGAUGCAAAUGACGGUGAAACAAAAAACAAGACAAAAACACAGCUAUUGCGAUGCAAAAUCAAGAACAAGAGAAUGAUAGAAGAUAGACGGAGAGAUCUACAGCUAAAUUAAACAUCUUUCUCUCUCUCUCUCUCUACUGCUACAACCACAGAGAUAUUGAGUCAGGUUUGAGUACAGUUAAGGGUUGUGUGUUGUCACAUUGCGGUCACUAUCUACGACAGCGGCUGUAAUCGGUUCAACAUCUUCGAAGACAGUUCCGGCAACCGGUGUGAUCAACCUCAACUCAUCAAAUCGUGUCUCAUCGACGACUGAUUCUAGUGCCCCGAGUAAGCACAGUGUAAACAGUGAAACGAUUGUACGUUCAAAUAGUGGCUGCGGUCCGUAGUGCUUUACCGUACGCAGCCAAAAGUGACAGUGAUUGACGAAGAAACGCAGCAGCAGCAGCAGCAGCAGCAGUGAUGCAACGAUGAAUACAAACUAAAUGUAUACUUCGCCAGAUCGAGCAAAUGGUGAUAAUUGCGUUACGUUACUGAAGUGGACACAACAUAACGUUGGAAGGAAACAAGGCAAAGAUAAACACGAACCAUUAUCUGUUUAAUUCGUUCAUAUGAUUAUGCUUGCUCUUUGAUUAUACGUUUCAUUCCCGACGGUCUAAAAUUGCUGUACGCGAAAGACAAAUGUUUAUUCAACAGUAAGAGCAAAAGGAGAAAAAACCAAAAUGUCAAAACAUACAAACACACUAAGGAAAAAUGUCACAAAUUUUUAUCUGUUCGUAAAAUGUGUCUUAAAGAAAUUCAAAAAACCAAAUUGAACGUUACUAACACACAACACACAUAAUCCACCACAUAAAGACACAUCAUCAUCAACUCUUCAUCGUCAUCAUCUGUUUUCUGUGCAUUUCUGUUCAUCAUCAUUCCGUUUAACAAACAAAAAAAUAUAAUGGAAAAUACAUUCCAAUGUCACAACUCAUACGCCUGGCACUGAAUGUUCAUCUGUUAUUGUUACUUUUCUCAUAUGUUCUUAUCUGUCUUUCUCGUUGCAAAAAUCCAUUGUUUGUUGCUGUUAUCGAUGUUGUUACUGUUGGUUGCAUGAAGAAAACAAGGAUAUUAUAAGGUAGGAAAAGAAAAACAAAAAAAACUAAAACUAUGGCUCAAAACGGUUUACAUUGAUUUUGCUAGUUAAUUUCAGUUCUUCAAAAGAACGAUGUCAAUUGAUCACACCGUUAGCAAUAUGCCCUGUAACAGUUAGUUCCGAUGCGCUUUCGUCAAUUGGUAAUCUCAUUAGUACUUUCCAGAACAAGAGAAAAAGACAUCUAUUAUAAUCCACAAAGCGGUUAAUGAUUGCCAGCACAUCGUCAGGAAAAUCGUAGCAACGUGUCAUAUUCGGGUCACAUGUUUGUCGGUAAAUGAGUCAUCAAACUUGUAAGCCUCAAGCUGUACGAGAGAAGAGAAAGUGUUUAUCAUUGCUUGGGGGCCCAUGUUUUUUUUUAACAUUUCACGUUUCGGUUUGUUAAGGUGCGGCUAUCUGGUAGCAGCACUGUGAAUGCUUUACGGGGACAUCUUUUGGCAAUAUCCAGUUUAGUAACCCCGAUGGCAACCUCGAUUUGCUAAAAACCGUUACUACACUCUCGCAAUCGCGUACCUACUGCUCCUGAUCUGGGAACGAAAGGUAAAUGUUAUAAGCAACCAAACAACCAAAACAAAAAAAACACACACACAUACACACACAAGUAAAUUAUAAUGAAAAGACUGACUUAGUAGACCCGCAGUUGAACUACGCGUAACACACUAAAACCUAAUACCGUGAGGAAACAUGUAGCUAGCCAGAGUAUAUACAAUAUAUUCGACCUGAACGUGGGUGUUUUUAAAUGCUCAUCACUAUUAAGUAUUAGUAAACGCCAAGAUUUUCAGCGAACAGCCACUGGCGCACGAAAACACGUCCGUCUACACCGCUACACACGCUUCCGAGCCUGGCGCUCACCUUCAAUAGUCGGAUGGCUGCGUGCGCGCGUUAAAGGACGCUCUGGAAGCGCUCCAUCACCUAUGGGUAGUCAAGAAUACAGUGUGAGAAUAUGAAUACAAUCUGCCCGCUUGAGCAUCCGUAACGCUUACUCUCACACUGCAAUAAUAGCAAUAACGUUUUGAUUCUGUCUUUCGUUGGAUUAAGCUAAUGCAGCUAUUCCGAUGCAUUUUUCUUCAUGGUUUUUUUAUCGCCUCGACCUACAGGGUGGUCCGUCGAAGUCAUUUAAAGGCUGCAAAGAGGCUCUCAUACGACGAUGGGACGUUGGGAGUUACUUAACGUUUUUGCGCCUUUAAAUCUUCCACACUAUCCAUUGUUCGAGAGAGGAAGGAAAAAGUAUGAGCGGGCUGUAAAUGUGUAUUUAAAAACGAAUGUAAACAUCCAAAGCACACGCACACACGCUCAUGCGGCUUUUUUUUAAAUAAUGGGCUCCCAAUCAAUGAACGUGUAUACUUGAAAACAAGCAAAAAAAAAAAAAGACACAAACACACACAUCAGAAGCAUGGGCAAAGCAGUGACAAAACAAAAGUCUCUAAAUCACGGGAAAAAGCUUGAUGAAUUGAACGACACCCGAUGCACAUUAAGCACUUAAGAACUUAACGCGCAUGAAUCGCACGUCAACAUAGUUGAAAAUGAAGCAUGAGAGCAAAGUAAAAAAAAAAAAGAUGAAACGAAAAACAAAACAUAACUCUCUCCACGGUCGUUUUUGAAUGGAAAUAUUUGUUAUUUAUUGCGGUACGGCACGCUACUGGUAUCAGUAUAAACGUGAGAUAUGAGAGUAAAAGAAAACAGACACAGAAACCGUACCCAUUCAUUGUAACGUGAUUGAUGAAUGAAGACGCGAAGAAAGAAGAAAAAGAAAAGCAGUCAACAAAAAACCAAAGGCAACCUACAAUCAUCGAUACUUAAGUAGCCCCUAUUUUAGGUGUCAAAAUAGCGCAAAAACAAAACAAAAAAAAAACACAAACACACCUACACACAAAAAAGGUUGAAACAAUGAGAAAGCCUGAAAAAAAGAGAACUCAACAGAUGUUAUUGAGCAUUUAACAUUAAACAGCAUGUGUGUUUAUGUGUGCAACAUAAACAGCAGCAAAAUCGAAAGGCCUAAGCAAACAAACACAAACACGUUGCACAUUCGAGGCAUAUAAAUACUAACACACAUACACAUACAUACACGGGGUAACACUCCACGAUGCAAAUACUGGUGUUAGUGUGAAAAGGAAGGAUAAAACACAAAAUGAAAGAUAAGGGGCAAAACCGCGAAUAAUGAGACAACAAGCCACGAAGGUUGUUUCAAAAGGAGAAAAAGAAGUGUGAGAGCGUGAUGCAGUGUUGGGAGGCAAUGCAACUGGAAAAACAUAUAAACUAAUUUAGAUAUAAUAAAUAUAUUAAAAUAAAAAUACGAAAAAAAAACAGAACAUUACUUUGAUGGUUUGAUUUCGUUGUUUUUUGGGUUUUUGUGUUUGUUCUGCUUGUUUCUUUGCUUUCGGAGUCUUUGGGACACUCGCCGGUUGGUUUAAAGUUUUGGAAAUGCGUGCGUUCGAAAGGGAUUCUUAGAGGGGAAGGAAGAAAGGUUUCAAGGGGUUGGGUGGUAUGUUCUUUUGAUAUGUAAAUUAUAGUUUUGUUUUUUCCGAGCCUUGAUAACCGGUUUUCUGAUCCCAUAUCGAUACCAAUAGUAGCAACGCGUACAGUUAGUGCACUGGAGUCUCAUCGCAUCACACAACACACAAACACAGGUGUUUUUCGUCCUCUUUGAUCUACCAUUCGAACGCCAUCUUAUUGCACUUUCUCUAUCUCUCUCUCUCUCUCGCUCUUUCUCUCUGUUCACUUUCUGCCGAAUUUCCAUCACGCACCGCACCGCAUGCCUACAAGCACCAAGCACGAUGCAUAUACUGUUUAUACUGUUUCACUAGUUUCGCUAUAACACCAACCAACCAUCAACACCAACCAUCUUCAACCACAUACAGUAUUUGGAAAGAAUGGAAAGCGCAAGUUGGAGAGCUUUUCCAUGCGAAAAGCGAGACGUUACGGAGAGAAAGAGACACAAUAAAGGCACAAUUGUUUUAACGCAAAACUGAGCUGCAAAUAGAAGCUUAAAAGUUAAUGCAUCGAGCAACAAAGCAAAUGCAUUUUAAACAAAAACUCUCGACAAAGUAAUGCAGCAACUAUGUAGUGAAACUAAAAUUAAAAGAUAAACCCUCAAGCUUAGUUAACAUCCGGCAGGCAUAUGAUAUUAAUGGCACACAGCAACAGUCCGCACCUUAAGUAAAAUGCACCGGAGAAAAAGCAGGGAAUUAUUGUACAGCGUCUGGGCGUGAGAUGUGAUCCGGAUUACAACUCUUCCUUGGGCGCAAUAUACUCAACGGUUAAUGCUGGAUUCGUCCAGAUUCAUCACUAAUUCUUACUGAACUCUUCUCCAUAGACUUGAAUUGAUGACGUGUGUUCAAAAACUGAAUUCGUUACAAAUCUUAAUAUGCACAGGUGAGCAUUUGAAGUUCGGGGAAAAUACACCAAAAAUCAAACCAAACAAUAAUCCUCUCUGGAGAACUUUUUCUACAACUAACAGUUGUCUCUCCUUCCCCGUUUCUACCCGUAAGCCAAUUCGUGGGUUUCACUUUCGUGGGCUGUUUUAUAGCAUCAUCUCUAGUCCAUCUAAAUAACAGAUUUCAUCUGUAGAAGACGGAAAAGAUUUGUACGAACCGUGUGCUAGCACGACAAAAAGAGAUUUGAUUGUUAUCACAACCUGACGUUGGUUUGACAACGAAGGACAAUUUUUCUUAAACCCCUUACAUCCUUUCUGUUUUUUUUUUGUCAAGUGGGUUCAACAAACUGUGUAUGUAGGAUUUGAUUUAUUUUUUUUUUCUGUUGUUGCAUAUUUUCGUACCUUACACGAAUGAGUAAGGUUUUACGUUCUUUUUUACGGUAGCAAGAAGCGUACAAGAACAAAAUAAACCCAAUUUUGAUUGGGUCUGGAAGGCGUUAUCCCUUCAACUAGUUCAUCCCUCAAACACCUCUCACACACUCAUACGGUGUUUGUGCCUGAUGUUUCAAAAUACAAAAAAAUUGCCCAAACACAUUGCGGUUUCCAUGGUGUAAUCAAAUAGGUAAAAAUCGUUAGCUCAAAAAAGAUUAUCCCACUUUUUGUUAUCUGUUGCAAUCAAGUGAAGGGUAAACGAAACCAAAUUUUAUUUGUGUUUGUGACGUUCGCUUGGUGGCCUUUUCUUUUUUUUUUUAUUAACACUUGCGUUCGUCGUUUGGAAGCGUUCUUAUUAUGAUUAGAAGAAUUUAUUUUGUUCAAAAUUUCAAACAAAAACCAUGUUGUUUAUUUGUUUUAUCCAUUUCACUUGAAUUUAGGUUUAUGUUUAGUGAUUUUGAGGAAAAAAAAACUAGUCAGCGUUUCGAACUAAUUAAAUAUUAAGCGGAAAUGAAGAAAUUUAAUUGUAUUCCAAAGUUAUUGUGCAGCUUUUCCAUUUUUUUAUACAUAUUCCUCAUCUGGGAAGACGUGAAAGUCAUUAUGUGACAUGGGAAAUAUAUGAUGUUUGAUGAUAAAUGUUUUGACCUUAAAGCAAGUCGCAAUACAAAUUUAUACCCAAAAAACAAAUGUUUCAAAAGCUAAUUCAAUAUGGCGGAUCACAAUGAAAUAAUUCUAAUUUGUCUCCAUUUUUCGUCGGUGAUUUACUUUUCGAUCCAAGAUUUUUGGCGUGAAUUAGUCACUUCUGCGAAGGGCACAAUUCAAUCGAAACUCUAAUCUAAUUAUUUUGGGCGUGUUAUUAAGUUGUGCUUAAUCAGUUAACUAGCUUAAUUGUUAACCAGCUCUCUUCGAAAAUCUUGAUCUAGUUUGGUGUAAAAAUUAAUACGAUCGUGUCUGUUGUUUAAAACCCAUUAAAGACCACUUCGCUGGAAAUAUUUUGCUUAUAAAAUUUGUUUCCUAUGAAUUGAUAAAAAAACGCUCCCAAUUAAUUACAGCAACGCUCGCGGGUAGGCUUCACCUUUGAGUUUGAUAAAAUCGGUUCCAUCAUCUUCAUAAACAAACCCGUUACCUACCACUUUUGAAUGGGGUGUUUCGUGCAGAUCUGUUACACAACCAUUACGGCCAUCAUCUGAAACCCGUACACGUACUGGUUGCCCUUAGGUAUACUAAAUACUAAUCAGAUUUAGCACCUUUUUGUGCUCUGUACACUUUUCCUUAGCCAUCUUCAGCAUCGAACGAAAAAAAACUUUCAGAUGAUCGGUAGGUGCCAAUGCUAAAAUGAUGUGCUUUUGCAUAAAAUUUAAGAUAAAACUGUUUGAUGUCAUUACAUCGACAUUUAAAAACUGCAUCAAAAUUUAAUGCAAAUUCUCUUCUCUUCUUCUUAUUGCACAACAGUUAACAACGAAAGAAGCACAAUGGAAACAUUAAAAAAAUGCAACAACAAAACUCACCUUACAAUUAAAAUGGUAGUGUCCUUUAGCAAUGUUUAAUUGCUCGAUAACUUACUUUUAUGAAAAGUGGAAAUUACAAAGCACGAACCGAAGCCAACUCAAAGGCACACACAACUUGGUCUAAUUAAAACUUUCCGAAUUGGUUUCUUUUAAUUGCCCCUUCACAUUACGUGGGCUUCAGGUCAGGUGGUGCAAACCAUUCAUACACUUUUAAUGCACCUUUCCCGGUGAAAACAGUUUCUUGAAAAUUUAUCUGCCCUUCCGCUACUGCUGAAUGAACUGCCUGGUUUUCCCUUUUGUCUAACGCUUGCCAAAAAAAAACCCAUAUGGAAGGUUGUCUCACGUUUGAAAACUCUAUCAUACAGUUUUGAAUGUUUUUUCCCCCCACUCUAUCCGAUGUAUGUACCUUUUGGGAAAGUUUCUUUAUUUGCAUUAAUGACCAGCUAAAUGCUGGGAUCAGACGAGUAGAGAUUGACUUUCCGAUUUAAUCCCAUUACUUGCACAAACUAAACCCAAAACCCAGUUCCCAGAACGUUUCCUUUUUGGGUUGUUGUAGUAAAAGUUUUAUUUGCUUAUCUGUUUGAUGUUUCUGGACGAUUGUGUUUUAACCUUGCUACCAAGAACUGUAUUUCGCACAAACGUAUUCGAUAGCUGAAGAUGUUUUUCGCUUGCUUGUCACAUGUGCCAAAAAUCAAACAGCGGGCUGAUAAAGUUUUGAACAACAAAAUAGCAUAACUUUAUCGAAAAAUGACUUGACGACGUAACAUUACAAUUGAACUAACUCUACGCUAAAGACAAAAACUACAGACUCAAAACAUGUAAAACGUGACCAACUUUGGUGAACUUCGAAUUUUCCACAACAUAUCCUACAUACGAAAACAAAUAAAAAAAAAAAGAGUUUUCUAAAAUAAUUUAUACAAUUUAUUUUACAAUAAAAUUCCAUACAAUAAGUUUCCAUUUAACUUGAUGGUGUAAAAUUCGAGAUUUGUUGUAAAGAAAAUUAAUUUUUGUUCAUUUUUUUCUUAAAUAUCUUCUUACAAACAAACGAUGGCGUAAACGAUGGUGGCAGACAGGGAUGAAAAUUGUGAAAAAUCGAACACUAUGCGCGAUAGUUAUUCUUUUCCCAAAACACCGAAACACAUGCAUCCAAUAUGCAUGUAAAACGCAAGAUGUGUUUCGCUUUUAGAUCCAACGUAUCCAACACAACUCGUAGUCACUGUACUGUAGGUAUUCAUCAAACGAAACAAACAAAAAAUAACCCCAAAAAAAAGUACAAAAUAAGUGUGUAAAAAAAUACCAAAAAAAAAAGUAACAAUUAGAAGGAAAAACGUGUGUGCAUUAACAUUACCCAAACCCGGUGGACUACCGUUAAACGGUGGACCACUAUUUAGCAAAAUGAAUAUUUAACGCAUAACAGUCAAUUGUACUAUUAGAGCUAGCGGUGAAUUUGUGGCAAGCGUUUGCCAGCGUACUGUGGGAAAACUCUCGCAAUUUGUGGACAGUGUGGACGAUUUGCUCAGUCGCAUAAUAGAACGGUUUGCCUACGGGCAAACAAUAGGAACUUUGGGCUAAAAGGUAUACUGGAGCAAAACGGUCCUAAAUGGUGGCGAAUGGUGGCGAAAGUUUUUCACCCAACAGCAGCAACAACAACGCACCUUUCUUUGAAAGCAUACAAGGCAGGUAUCGGGCGCACAGUGCGUCUAUAUGGUGCAAUCCGGACCAACAGGAUUUUGCCCGCUUCUUUUUUGCUAGCUUUUGAGGGCGUAUAUUUUGAUAUUGGCUUUGGAACUUGAUGCAUAAUAGUGUUGAACUAAAAAUGGAUUUUGGAUAAUCUUAGACGGACGCGGCGUUUAGCGUGAACGAGCGUGUUAGAUGAAUAAUGAGUUAAGUCUUAGCUUGUUGUCUACUAAAAAAAGACAGUAGAGAUUAUGUCAAGCUAUUCUUUGUAUUGUGUACAUUGUGUCGUCGCCAACCAUGGCAUAUAGUAUCAAAAUUGUAUUUGUAUUUGACUAGAUGUAGAAAAUCAUCAUUGACCAAUUAAAAUGUGUCCCUGACGUGUGUACCAAGCAAAAGGGUGACGAUGACAGAGCACCGGUAAUUAAAUUAUUUACACCCAUUUGUAGAGCUGCAUGGAUACGGAUGUGAUGUGAACGGAUUGGGAGAGAUCAACUAUCGUUUAGAAAACACCUCGUACGAGCCAUCACGAAGCUCGGUUGGAGCCAUCUAAGCCCGCAGCUUGGCGAUACACUCGUACACAAGCAUCGUUUGUAGUGUUGUCCGUUUACUAUUACAGCCCUGCCAAUCCUGCCACCACCGUCGCCAUCAACUGGUGAAUAAUUCAAUUUUAUUCCAAAAUAAACAACAAAAAAACUCUUAGUAAAACGAUCAAAUUUAUGAAAAGCCGUUUUGUGAGCCAUGCCGUAGCACAUAUUUUCCCAUGUUAGGCACCGAUCAGCCCCGGCAAACGGUUAUCAUCGUUCGGUGGAAAUCAUCUACCACAAAAACACACAUACGCUCGCAUGCCCAGUAUUUAUGUGAUAAUGUUUUCGAACCCAAACCUAAGAGAGAGAGAGAGCGCCUUUGCAUCGAUAGGAACCGGGAAGAUGGACCGAACGCAACGAGGCGCACGGUCAUCCUUCUUGUAUCGGCAAGCGUCUGUACACAACACAGCGCUGACACUUUCCUGCUCGAAGCAUAACCAACCUUACGCCGGAUAGAAGUGCAUAGUGAAACAAAAACAAAAAUAUGUGAAAAGAGAAAAGAAGACGAGAUCAUGUAACAAAAAACCGCUGGCUGGAAGCCGGGGCGUAGCUUGGCCAUGCUUCGACAUACACACACGAAAGGGUCAGAGACAUUGAAAACUUAUCUGGAGCCACGAAUAUGCUGGGCAUGCAUGGGCGGGUGGUUUCAAGGGGUAAUGAAAAGUUGGAGUACUCAAGUAACAUGUAACUGCUUCGGUAUGUGCUGGUUUCUUUUUUUCUUCUUCAAGAAAAUACGGUACGAUUAGUGUAUGACUAAUCGAGUAUUCGAUCGGUCAACUCUAUCGGUGAACUUCAAACCGUUUUUUUUAUUGUUAUUUAUUUAUGUUAAAUAAACAUCAGAUUAAUUUAAAAAGGAGUUUUUCUUAACUUAAAAAUUAUUAAAGAAUAAAUUUAAAAACAGACUUUAUUUUAAAAAAACGAAAAUCGUAUCUAGUAACUGAAGUGGAAUAACUGACAAGAAUUGUUUUGAAAAUGAAACUAAAAUUUUGUUAAGACUCGAAACGGGAAAGGAAAAAAGUACUAAAAUUAUUUGAAUUUUCAAACAUACAUACACAUAUACAAUACGAACAAAAACCGAACUCCAUUAACCAUAAAAUUGUAUUGCUUUCGUAAUGGCACAUGUGAAAGUGUAAAACUUUUUCUCGCAUAACGAUGAUGACGGACUUAAACAUUCCUUUUGCCUUAGCUAAACUCAACCACUCAGCCGGUGCUUAUUCGCUCUUCGAUCAGUUGUGGGUGGGUGUGUAGGUAAUUGUUUCCUUUCACUCCAUUUACACUUGACACUUUGCAAACGUGUGGCAGCAAAACCCCACAAGCCAAUCAUGCAUUUGCAAUAGCUCGAACAACACACAUCCACAUCCAAGUGCAUCACCGAAUGCUAUCCACCUGCCAAUAAAAACGAGUUCGUCCAGCACUCGUCAACCUACCUCUCCCCCCCCCCACACACACACACACAACACUCCAAACACUCCAUUGAAUGCUGCUGGAUAACUUUCAUAAACUUAUCAUUCAUAAAUGAUUCAUGAUCUGCUUAUGCACACGUACUCCGUACAGCUUCGUACGGGGUGCGAAGGCGGACUAACAUUUCCAAUCCAUUGCCAUAUCCUCAUUUCUUCCAGCUGCACUAUUUCCGGUGGUACGGUGGCAGGGAAAGGAAAAGCGAGACAUGUGGUGCCGGUGGCUGUGGUAGUUUGUGUCUAUCGUUCCACCUUCCGUCUUAGUUCUGUUUAACGGCAUUUUCCAUCGGUGGCAAAGGAGUUUUAGACGUACGUUAUGAGCUACCGAUCAUGAUCAUGCUGCUGGGGUGGGUGAGGAGCUUUUUUUCCUAUUUGCUCUAUUUUAUUUUGUUUUCUACUGCAACUUCCUCGUACGCAUGCGGUACUAACACAAUACUGUUCAGGCGUUUGCAGCAAACACCAUUUUAAGCAGUCUCCCUAAACUUCCAACUGUUUAUGUUGGCAUGUGUGUGUGAGUAUGUGAGUAUUUUCCCACCCCCCACAAAAGUCACUCAUAACCUGAGCAACGUUCAGACAAACGGACGUUUCUGACAAGUUUUCAACUAGUUUUGCUAUUUAUUCUCCUACGAUAGUGGAAAACAUAUCUGCACAAUCAUCGUUCAUGUGGUGUUUAGCGAAUUUGUGUUUCAUUUUCCUUUUUUUCUGUUGCUUUAUAAACUUUGUAAACUAUACUAAAAUUAAUAUUCUGUUAAUAGCAUAUUUUAACUAUAUUUUUUAUUUUAUGUUUUUAAUAUACAACGACAUCUUCCCAAUAUGUAUGUUAUAUUGUCCUGAAACUUUUUUUAAACCUGUUAUAAUUUUUAUAAAGAAGAGUUAAAGAUACAACAAUUCUUUGUAGAUUUUUAAACUACAAAUUGAUCUAGCGAAUGAUCAGGUUAAUUGAAAAGAAAAUAUUUCAAAAACAAAACAUUAAACCCGAUUGAAGUUAAUUAUUUCCCAAACGCCGGUCUGUUGAUUUGUUUCAAAAUAGAAUUUCAAUAGAACCAAAUGGAAACUAAAACCUAAAAGCGAAUAUGGUACCAAAAUUUAUCUAAUUACAAAAGCCCACCCUACCCUUUUGUACUUAUAACGAACCACAGUGCAAUCAAUGGACUUGUCGACUAUAUGAACAGAUAAUGGCAAACAUUGGUUCAAAUGUUAGCGUUCAAAUCCUUUCACCAUUCGCUUCAACGCAAUAUUCAGCAGUUCAAUCAAUCAGUAAGCGCACAAUGUCACAGGCAAUUAAAAUUUAGUUCCACCUGGCCUUUUUGUUCUCCUCGUUAUCAAUCAUCGUGCAUACAUGGAGUGUCGACAGAAGAAUAAAAAAAAAAAACAAACAAAAUUACUUCAUGAAGAAAACCGCCAUAUUGUCGCGCGUCAUUCAACAGCCUAUCAUGACCUUCAACCUUGAGGUGAGGGAUAAUUCAUGUUCCUGUUUCAAAAAUCCACCCAACAUACCAUCUACCUCGCUGCCAGCUGAAAACUCGAAUAGAGCACAAAAUGGCUCUCGUCGUCUAAUUUUACAAAGCUCUUAAUUUUCACCACCACGUCAGACGAUCCACACUUUCACCAUGCAACCAACCUAGGAUAAUCAUUCGAUCUACCUGGUUGUGGGGACCUACGGUACGGGACGGUGGUGGUUGGGAUUUAAUUUCCCAUCCAAAUAAUCUCAUUAUCGUUAUUGUUCGCGCUGCCAUCUAAAACGCCAUUAAAACACACACACGCUUGUACGUACGUUCGGCGGCAAGGUAUUAGCAGCUUGUCCGCUGUCGAGCUUUACAUGAAUCAUGAUACCUAUUCGCUUAACCGUGCAGGUGGAAUGGAGAACGAACAUGAACAAGCGAGACAAAGAUAGAAAGAGAAUGUGCAAAAACUGUGAGAGCAAGGGAAUGAAUAAGAUUUGCUACUCCGAAAUGGCUGCCUGCGAAAGUGUGGAACCCAACCCAACCCAGAACCUUCACCGUGUCAGCUGAUGGAGAUUAAAGAAGUUACCCCGUAGAACUGGAAGGUUCUCGGAAGGUGAGAAUAGUACACGAAAGGGUACAGGAAAGGGUAGGCAGGCCACAACCAACCGGCCACAAAAUCGGAUCAGUUUGGCCCGGGCUGAAGCAGGUGGGCUAUUUUUAGAUUUCAUUCAUCAAAUUUCAAUGCACCUACACUUGAAGUGCAGAGUGUGUCCCUGCUGUCCUCACUUGGGAUGGGUUUCACCGCUGGUACCUUCUCAGCUUACCGAACGAAUGACACAAACGGACGGUCACUCGAGUAGCUUCACACAAGCACAUUCUUCUUUCUUCGCUCCGUUGAGCACGACAAAGAUUGAUGCCAUGCGCCAGCGCCACCGAAUCGAACAAAAGAUGGUCCAGACAACAGCCAAAAAAAGGCUAAAGAAAGACAACCUUCGCACAGGUGGUGAUACACUGUACACUGUGUGGGAAUGGGAAUACAGCACAUCCUAACCUCGCGACAAAGGAAACCUUUCCUGUUGGGGUUUUUGUUUCACAUCCAACCGAAUAGCUUUGUUUAACUGUUUCAUUUUGAUUACAAAGCUUCAGAUGGAGGUUGCUUUUUGGCUGUUCAUGCUUGCUUCAGUUCUACUUCACCGUGUGCCGGUGUGUCCUUUCACAAGGUACAUACAAGCCAACACAGAAGACAUCAAACGAGCAGAAUAGGUGUGGCUUUGUUUAGAUACUACAAGCAUCAGAGCGUGUAAAGCAUUAGAAGGAUGUUCUAUUUUUAGCCUGUUCUCUAUCCACUCCGUAGGAAGGAAGAUCAUCUUCUCUGCAAAUUCCAAACGAGAUAGGCUACUUUCGAGCGAAAGCAUGCCAGGUAGCAUAAAAGCGAAAGGCGUUAACGAAAGUAAAGUUCGUGCAAAAUGCACGAAACUGGUGACAUUUUCCCACCCACACACACACAGAGUGCCGAUGGGAUCACGUCACGUCAGGUUGUUAAAAUACAUUUGCUCCCUUAUUAUGCAGUGUACCUCAAACACCUGUACGCUUCGGUGCGUUCGAUGUGAAAAGAUAUGCUAAUUUUUUGUACAAUACAUUUUUUUUUGCAUUAUGUUUUGAGUCUUUACACAUUUUACUUUUCCAAUGUACCAAAAGUUAUGAAGCCGAUAACGGUAAAUAUAAAAAAAACUUUUCAUCACCGUUAAUCUAACAAUCAAUGGAGACGCCCAGUCACCCAUGCUGACUGACUGGCUGCGUACUUUAUUUCAUGCAGCCACAUGUGGAUGUGUUCGGCUGUACAUAAACAUUUGCUCCGUUGUUCGACCAUACACACUCAUUGUCGUUUAUCAUCGGGCAAGGUAUGAAAUCUGCUAAACCACUGUAAACUACAAGCUUCCAACAUCAAUGGACUUCCUGGAGCGAAAUAAAGGUAGAAUGAAAGUGAGCAGGGUUUAAGUUCUCAUGUGGCAAAGCUUAGCAGCAUGGAUUAGUACGAUACGAAACCUGCACAGAUUGCUUGUUUUCCAGACUGUUCUUGACAAUUGGGAAUUCUUCCGUUUCUUCUCCAUCGCACACCCGAUGCAUGGAUAAAAAUAGCAAACGGAAAGAGUUGCAUAAAUAAUCAGUAACAUGCAAGUUCUCGUAUUCUCCACAUACCCUGGCUUAUAUUUAAAACCUUAUCCUUUCCAGGUAGUAUGUUUUCGUUGAAUGGUAGAGAAAAGAACGUGAUGCCAACAUGCAAAUACAACCGGAUGAUGUUGCAUUAGGUUGCCUUUAAUCGAACGAUGGGAAUGACGGUGGUUUCCCCAAAUUCUUUUUUGUCACUUUGUGUGGGUUACGAUUGAUCUGGUGCACCGGGAAGCUUAUGGAGUGAAGUAUUACCUGCUUUACUUGUUUUCAACCAAGUCUGCAGUUGUGCUUCGAGACAAUGUGCAAUGUAAAAUUAAUGAUAAAUACAGUUUAAAAACGGCUCCCAAUUGUUUUUCUUUGUUUGUUUUUUUACCUUGAAUGUUUUAACAAACUUUUAUGCCAAAAACUUUAAUAAAAAUGUCUUUUAGUCUCUUUCUUCAGCGAAAACAUCAAUUUAUAGUAUACAUUCUAGCUCACAAUACUUUAACUCGCCUCAUUCAAAAAAAGCCUUUGUGGCUCUAGUUCUCCGAAUUUAAGAGUUUCUUUACGCAACAGAUGAAGAAUGUGGUAAACAAUACUCAAAACACAACGCUCAUUACCUAAUGAUAAAUUGCACCAGGGAACAAACAAGUUUCUCGAAAUUCCAAGUUUCCUUUGCAAAGAACUUACAACUUAGGGACUUGCAAAAAACCGACAGAACUCGUUUAAUGUGAGGUCGGUCAACUUUGUACAAGAUUCCUAUUAUGAUGUCCAUCCUAACUCAACUUUUGUUGCCACUGAUUUCGCAGAAGAGCGUUGUUAAAGUUUCUUGAAAACGACUGCACUUAUAUCUAAUACGUCUUUAGUAAAUCUACUGUGGGGGCUGGACAUUUCUUCGUUUUUACACAUUAAAUCUAGAUGUACGUUGAAUGUGAACGAUCGGCACAUAUUUAUCUACCGGUGUUACUAUCGCAUAAUGGCAAUGCGUACAAAGUAUCACAAUUGAAUUUUCGUGCUUUGCCGUGUUGUUUGCCAACAGCACCCCAAAAGCAGAAAAGACAUCAAGAGUGCAAAACGCUGCCAUCUGUCAAGCUCAAUAAAUAAUCCCAAUGAGCACUUCAUUAAUGAAGUCACAUGUUUUGCAGUGCAGCGCAAUGGCAGUAAAAAAAAAGAAUACACAUUACAUGAAGUAAUUCUAAUAGUAAUAGGAACCCCGCAAUGGAAUCUUUAAUCCACCAAUUUAUUACUAGGAAUUACUACGGAGUCAAUUCUGGAGUUUACUGCUGGAUCAACUUCGUAUUUCUGCGGAGUCGACAACAGGAAUAAACGCUAAAUUUUUCAUCGCUCUACCACGGGUUUUCAAACUGUUUUUAAAUGACUUUUUUCCAGUUUAGCUAAGAUUUACUUGUAAAAUUACAAGUCCUUAUAUUUUGUGGUAUUUUUACACAUGUUUUCGCAAUAUUUUGAACAAAUUUUCACACGUGUUAGAGCAGUUUUUUAUGAAAGAUUUUUCAAAUUGAAGUUUUUGAUAGAUUCCUUCUAAUUUUUUUGUUGAUAGAUUUCUUCUAAAGUUAACGUUGAUGUUAUUCACUUUAUUUAAACUGUUUUUCUAGAGGAUAUCCAUAAUUUUUCGCGUGUUUACAAUAGUUAGUGCUCCGUAAUUUAGGAAAGAUACCCUUCCUGUUCUCUUCUGUUCUCUUCUUGUUAAUACUCUCUAUAAUAAGGAGUUGGUUCGGACUCCUUUCCGGAAUGUGCCUGAAGUGGAUUACUCCGACUUUGGAAAAAAAUGAAAUUUACCCAUCACUAAAUGCUAGUGUUAUUUUUAACAAUGAUUUGUUUCCUUCCAGGAAAAAUAGAAAUCGUAAACCUUUUACCAUUUUAAAAGGCCAACCAAAUUGUACUGUUAUACAAAAAUUUAUUUACCCUCUAUCUCUCUUUACAAGAAUAUCUCCACAAAUCUUUUUUCAUUCAGUAUGUUUGACUACUUUAUAAAGAAAUGUACUGAAAUUAAACAAAUCAAAAUCCAUACAAUGUAAUUUUAAAAUUAAAACUUAGUUGGAAAAUGUUAAAAAAAACACACACAUAAAUAACAACGAUGCACAGCUACAAAACAGGGAAAACAAUAUAACCAACUGCCUCUAACAGUUCCAUUUUCUCACUAUUGUAUCAUUUAAUUAUUCACGCAUUGAAUGGUAACCUUUUGGAGUAAACUUGUUUCAACGUUGACACCUUGAAGCCAUCGUUACCGUGCCGGCUAAUUCUAAUUCUGAUUAAUUUAUUUAUCCUCUCUAAUUGGCUCAAUUGCAGGUAAAAAAGUAAACCCAACACUAAUUGCAUUGGUUCACGAAAAGAAUGUGUUAAGGAAAUGUGGUUUUCUCCCAUUUAACAGAGAAACUUUAAUAAUACUUGUUUAGUUCUCAAACGUAAGCAAACAUAUCUUACUUCAGAUAAUGCAAACUUAAGUUAACAUGGAAGUGUUUAACUAGAUGAAAUUGAUUGGUGCUUCAAUAUGCUAUAGCAAAAACUGCCUUCUGGGAAAAUGUGUACAACGAGAUUACUUUUAUUGCUCUUCAAAAGCAUCAAAACUCCGAUCCAGUAUAUAGUUCAGCACCAGUACGCAACGAAGGAUGAUUUGACAAACCCACCAUGCUAUUUGGCUUCCCGAAGACAUUCUGACUGCAAAGCCCUUGAACUGUGUGUCUUGACAUGCGAAGAUUUACCUUUCCGCUUUUGCAAAGUCCCACCCACCCACGCAAACACACACACUUUUCCUCAUUCAUUGGAAUUGUUUUCCACCGGAGUUUAUCGUUUUUUUUUGCAUCCCGAUGUUUGCGUGUUUAAAUUUAUUCUCACCGGUAAGGCUUUGUUGCCUACGCGCCACCUUCAGCACGUUAAGGCGCGUUAAGUGAUGUAGCUGUUUGGUGUACGUUGCCUCGAAUUGUGUUCAUUGCUCGGUGGAAAUGAAAACUACACAAAAACGUCCGCCAUGAUGACAGUGAGGCUAUUGGGUUCACUCUCUUUUUUUCUGCACCAUGGCACAAUCGGGGUAUCGGGGAAAAAGAAAUUAAUCAAAAUGUAAUUAAAACACACAAGUCAACUAACCAACCGGCAUGGCUAACGACGGUAUGGGUUGGCCAUUUGAUCUUGACCGCCUAGAAAUGCAUAGUGGCCGGCCCCUAAAUUGGCAUUUAAUUUCUUUUUUCAAACAAACGUUUACCAAUGCAAAAUGGGAGCUUUUGACGGCGAUGAUCAAUAAUGUGCACAGCAAACAACAAUAAAAUGUCGCCCGAAGGUGUCAAAUUAACAUGCUAAGUGUUAUACAAACACCAUUUUACCUUACAAUGAUCCGUCAUUUUGAAUUCGCUGUUUCAAAUGGAAGCUUUUAAAAUUUAAACGCUUGUAAAAGAAGAAACAUUUAUUACACUUUUUUCAAUCGGAAAUUUAAAAUCAAACAUGCUUACUGCUCAAAACAAACCUAUUCUUUUCCGUGGAACAAAAUGUCACACUUAAUUCAUUUUUUCAAAACAAACACACGUACACACCACCCGUUUUUAUUUACUACAAAGUGCGCUAAUAUCUUCUAGUUUUAUUGCCCAAAAACCUGCUCAAAAAUGCUGACGUAAAGACAGUCACAUUGCUAGCCAGGUUGGAAAACAAUCAUGAAAAGAAAGAAAUGAUAUUUACACGGUUUUCCCAAAGAAAACUGUUUCAAUCUGUUUUACCGCGCCCGAACCUUGCCCCCUUGAACUGGCCCACGGAUUGGGUGACUGUGAUUUAUGACUCCCCUCCACGGGGGAAUAACACAUAGUCACGAACGCACACACACAUCUUCCUGAUACGUGGGACUCGUCAGCAAUAUCUGGCUGAUGGUUUUUAACUUUCACCUGUUGCUUAAGCUUUACUGGUGAAAGAACGGAAAAGCACUGACUUCUUUUUCUUUCUCUCUCUCUCUCUCUCCUGGCACUGCCUAACGGAGACGUUUUAUGUGAAUUGCAGUUUUCUUUUUAUUUUAUAGUAAAAAAAAACAAAGAAAACUUCCACCAUAUUCGAACAUAAAAUCUUGGACGCCACAAACAGGGCACCUUUCAGGAUAUCAGGUGUUUUGCACGAAAAGCUAUUUUUAAACUCCUGUCACAAGCUUUAUCGAACAAUACUCCCUAACACAAUCCACCGAUAGAAUCGUUUAUUCGUUUUUUUGUUUUUGUUUUUUGAGACUAUUCAAAGCAAAAGCUUCGAUCUCUAGUAUCCGGACCGUUUUAAAACUACCAUUCAAUUGGCUUUUAUUACCUUUUGUCUGUGGAUUAUAUUUCUGGUUAAUUGAUUUAACUCACCAUAAAAGGAAAUGUUUUUACUUGCUUUUUUUUUUGUUUUGUUCGUGUCAGCUUUUUUGUCCUUUGCAUUGUAUUUCAAUCUACUGUCAUUUUCUUUAUCUUAGCUGACAUUUUCACAUCUCAACCGUUCGCCUAGUGGUGGGAAGUGUGAAGCGAAAUAUCACGACCCUUAAAACGGGCUCAAACUCUCCAAAGGCUAACCGUCGAGCUAACACACUUUGGUCACUUUCGAAGUGAAAAUAAUGAAAUCAAUGAACGUAAAUUGAUUUAUAUGAUUCCGUGUCCGAUAAACGACAUCAGAAGCGAUGCGAUGUUGGUGCGUUUUCGUUCGAUACGUCCACCAGUGCGCCGGAAUGUUUCGAUCACCGUCACCAGGCUAUCUAUUGACUUCUUUUAACUUUUUUACUGCAGCCGAGGCGGUUAACAUGGCAGCUUGUUCAGAACCACCGUCUCAACAGAUAGGAACAAUUGUUUCGUUUUCAACAAAUUCAUUAUAAAUUUUUGAUGAUACUUUGUUGUCGUUUAAGUAUUGUUUUGUAAUAAAUUUUUGAUUAUUAAUAUUUUAUUUUGCGUGGUUAAAACGGUCAUGCCGUUAUAUUACAUAUAAUAUUGAAGAUAUUACAAUUGAUUACUAAACAUUUUUUCAUAAGUUUGUCACUUUCAAUUAUCAUUUAAUAUGCAUUGAACUAUUUAAAUUCAAGUUAAUUAUUUUUAUUUAUUAACAUUUUUGAACUAAUCCCAGCAUUUGAAAACGCUUGAAAUUAUUUAUUCUCAAAUAACGUAAAUAAUGAAAUAAAUUUAACAUUUGUCAAACUGUUCGAAAUUAUUUCAUUUUCUAUGCUAAGCAUUAAAAGCUCAAUUUACAAUGGUUUUGAAUAAAGAAAAAGUUUUCUCGUGUUCACUAUGCUUGUUGGAUGCUUUAUAUAUUGGUUAAACCCAUUUCUUAUUAUAAUAUCAGUUAAUUAUAGUGACAACUGCAAUCCUUUACAUAUUAUCUACUUCAUGUAGAUAACAUUCAAAACUUUUCCAAGCCUAUUACGUAUAUGUUUCAAAAGGAUUUUAUCAGCUCCAGAUUGGAAAAUAAAUUUUGAGAGAAAAAAAACUUUGACCACUUUUGAUCGGCAGAUAACCGAAACGGGUAGUUUUUUAAGUAGGAUUUAACAAAUUUACGACACGGUACGUUUAUCCACCGAUUGUUUGCAAAAGGUUCGAAUGCGAAAUUGCUUCAAUUACCAUCGAAACCAAAAGAUAGGGAAGCGGUUGUCGUCUAAGACCACUCACCUUUACAGAGCAAAACAAAACAAAAAAAAAGAUGUUCCCCAACAUUAGCCAAUCGACACUUAACGGACAGCUGAAUGGAAGGAAAAAGCACUGGAAAAUUAUUACAACACAAGCCGGCCACUGUAAACGAAAUCCAAUCUCACCAAAGGCCGGCUCAUCGUAAAAUCGAACACAUUAUUUGGCGCAACAAAAAAAACAAAGAUAUCCACAUGCCACAGUAGUGGUAAAGCGUCGGAAAAUCACUUCCCAAACCCAAGCCGUAUUUCGCCGUCAUGGGCUGUGAACUUUUAUUGGAUCAUUGUUUUUUGGAGGAGUUUUUUUUUGUUUGUUUGUUUUGUUUUUUUUUUGUUUUCGAUUUGGUCUGUUUUCCCAUCAACCAACGCAUUCGAAUUGUGUUCUGUUCGUUUGGUUUCUCACGUUUCUGGAAGAUGCCUAGCAGCUAUGGUUUAUCCUGAAGAUGAAAAUAUUAAACCAUUUUACAGCGAAAUUAGAUUAAACCUCGACCGUUCGGGUACACCCGCAGCAGUUUGACACGCGCACACCAGUGCCUGGUGGAAAAUUGUCGGGAAAUGUAUUUUUGACGCUCGAGAUAACGCGGCACACGACGAGACCAUUCUGGCUAUCAUACCAGACGAUGGUUUUCGAACGGGAGGGGAGGGGGCGAAUAAAAGGGUUUUUUGUCUUGGUUUGCGUCUACGAGUCGGUGAACCGAUGCCGAAAAGUUUGGAAAGCAAGCACAAGAAGCUUGCGCAGAUAUUUUCCUUUUAGGCGAAUGAUAAAUAAUGGCAAAGAAGCUAUCCCCAUGAAACGGCCAUGUCUCUUUCUCGUUUGCCUGGCCACAGUCAAAAUGUGGAUUUUAGAGUUGGUUGUAUUUUUUGUUUGUUUGUUUUCCGUUACCAAGCCAUCGUUUCCAUGUCUACAUUCAACAAGCAUCUGCAGCACGUGGCACCACUCAUCCAGCGCAUCUUUAAUACAAAUUAGUCUUUCCUUUUAAGGCGAAGGUUUGUCAUCAAUUUACCACCAAAAACUCAACAACAACCAUUAAAGCCGGGUGGAAUAAUAAUCCGGCCGGCGUAGUAAAAAAAAAUUUAUAACAUUUUUUUUUUGGCCGCCACACACUGUCUUAAGGGCACUUUUGGUCGCAUAAACAAUGGUAAACUAUGGGGAAGAGAACUAUCUUAAAUUUGUGAGUUCCGGGUUCGCAAAAAAGUAACAACAACGAAAUAAGAAUAAACAACACACACACACACACAAAACCUUCCCCAAAAGUGGCAAUAUAGCAAAGAGGAACAUACCAUUCAUAAAAUUCAAUUUGUUGCACCUAAUUAGGAUGGGAUUGAGAAGGAAACGCCGGCACGCAUCGUUCGGAAAAUGGUUCAAACCACUUUUCCACGGGUU